CAAUGAUUCGACAUAACCUCUAAACAACUGUGGCAGUGGCAUCUCUGCCAUUUGACUGUAAUCGUAAAAAAAAACCUUUUUUUUCAAUCGUGUUUGAUAAAUCCGAUAAUGUUCGACUUCAACAAGUUUUCUUCAAGUUUCAGUUUAUUGUGAAUUGUGCUUACUGAAUUAUUCCCUCAAAAAAAUAAAGUGAAAGGCAUUUUAGCAUCGUUUUUGACAACUCACUUUUCGUACAAUUUAGUAAAAUAAAAACACAGUACAGUUGAUGAAAUUGGAUAAAAAUUUUAAUUCUGAAAAGGGGAAUAUUUUUUAAAUGUUUUUUUUUUUGAAAUUAUUUGAAGUAUUUAAAGGAUUUUAAAGAUUUGGAGUAACUUGGUGGAGGUGUGAAAAAUAGUUUUUUCUUGCAAAGUGUGGAUUCUUGUGAAUUAGAAGCACACCAUUGUUCGGUAUUGACGUUUGCGCACCAAUCAUGAUGAUUUAUGACAGUUUAUCAAAAAGUCAGUGUAUUGUUUUAAUUAACGAAUCCGGGACCAUUGAGAAUAAAAUUAAAGACUUGCCAAAUAAUCGAGGUCGUGCUAAUUUCCUCAUGGCGCAGAAUUUUCAAUUGAAAGAAGUAACAAUGAAUAAAGAGGACACUUCUGAAACGUUAGAUAAUAAAAGUCUACUUGAAUUGGCACACAGAGAAUAUCAAGCAGGCGACUAUGAAAAUGCAGAGAGACAUUGUAUGCAACUCUGGAGACAAGAGGCGAACAAUACUGGAGUUCUCUUACUUCUUUCGUCCAUUCACUUCCAGUGUCGUAGAUUAGAAAAAUCAGCUCAUUACAGUAGCUUGGCUAUUAAGCAAAAUCCACUUUUGGCGGAAGCCUACAGUAAUCUUGGUAAUGUAUAUAAGGAACGGGGUCAGCUACAAGAUGCUUUAGAAAAUUACCGUCACGCUGUAAGAUUGAAACCAGAUUUCAUCGAUGGAUACAUUAACCUAGCGGCAGCCCUCGUAGCUGCAGGAGAUAUGGAACAAGCAGUUCAAGCCUACGUCACGGCAUUGCAGUAUAAUCCUGAUCUAUAUUGUGUGCGAAGUGAUCUUGGUAAUCUUUUGAAAGCUUUAGCAAGACUUGAUGAAGCAAAGGCGUGUUACCUGAAGGCAAUUGAGACGCGACCUAAUUUCGCGGUCGCUUGGAGCAAUCUUGGUUGCGUUUUCAAUGCUCAAGGUGAAAUUUGGCUUGCGAUACAUCAUUUUGAGAAGGCCGUCGCUCUUGAUCCCAAUUUCCUCGACGCCUACAUCAAUUUAGGAAAUGUUCUCAAGGAAGCACGCAUCUUUGAUCGUGAACUUGUUCUGUUUGUGGAGAGUGUGACAGCUCCAACUGUGACUGGGAAAGAUGGGAAGCAUUUUUUACAAACCGCUGUUUUAAGCAAUGCUAAUGGUUCGAAAGUUGUUUUGAAAAUUUGGAAUGAGCAGAUAAAAAGAACGAAUGGACUCAUUCGUCAAAAUUUCAUUUUGCAUUUGGAUGCUGUUGCUUCCAAAAAACAAUUUUUUUCAAAUCAAGAUUUAGGAGGAAACUUGCAUUUUGAUUUAUCAAUACAAUCAAAUACAAAAAUAACUGUUUUAGGGGUGCAAAAAACAGACACAGAAGAUAAAACUUUGGAGUGCACCUUUGAAACAAUUCAAAAUGCUCCAAAUGGAAGUGAAAUUGAAAUAAUUGGCUAUAUAAAAACUGCUUUUCAAGCAGUUAAGGGAAAAAACAAUCAAUACCAACAUGCUUGCUGCUCAAUAAUGGAGGACAAUAAAAAAUUGGAGAUGAAAAUUAAUAAUUUUGAAUUGGAAAACUUGAAUCAAUUUGAAAAAGGCUUGAAAAUUAAAGUCAGAGGAAAAAUUAACUUUGGAAAUCCUCCAGUCUUAGAGGUAACAGACUUAAAUAAGCUGGAAAUAAUAAGCACUGAGAAAGUGACAGCAGCGUACUUGAGCAAAGGAAUGCUCAGAAUUAAAAAAUUAAAUAAAAGUACCGAAGUUAACGACAAUGUUGUCGAAAAAAAACCAAAAAAUUAAUUUUUUUCAGUUCAC